UCUUGAGCAAUAUCAGUAAAAUACCAGUGAAGUUGCAAAUGAGUUCUUUAUUAGCGACAAGCCGACGAAGAAUGGACAAUGAGUCCACCGCCGAAGACUACAAUCUAACCCUUCACACCCUCUCCCUCGAGAGAGAAUACGACCAAACGGUCACGACGACAAGCCAUCUCCUCGCCCAGGAAGCGCGCCGCGUGCAGCGCGUGGACCAGCUCCUUCUGCAAUUCGAGAAUGAGAACCUGCAGCUGCAACUCGACCAGGCCCGCCAGGAAAUCGGGCGGGUGCGGUCCUCGGAGCUGGAGAUUUUGGGACGGUUGAACCAGCUCGUCCAGGAGCGGGACCGCAUCCAGCAGACGGUUUAUGUGUUGGGGCAUGAGAAGGAGAGUCUUUCUCGGGAACUGCAAUCUAUGUCUGAUACGUCUGUUGAGAUGAAAUCCCUCAUGACGGAGAAGAUGCGGCUGACGAAGGAGUUGGCUGCGUUGCAGACGGAGGUGCAGCGGUUAAAGGCGGUGGAGAGCUCUUCGCAGGCUCUGCUGGCAGAGAAGCAAGCGCUGGUGCGGCAGGUGGGUUCGUUGGAGGUUGAGCUGGAGAAUGAGAGGCGCGCGCAUGAGCGGACGCGAGCGGCGAGUGGGGAGUCGGAGCUGCAGCAGCAACAGCUACAGCAGCAGAAAGAACAACAGCAGCAGAGAGAGCAACAACUCCAGAAACAGCAGCAACAGCAAGCCGCAAAGUGGAAUGCGGAGAAGGCGACACUGGAAGAUAAGAUCGAGACGCUUACGAAAAAGCUACUCGCGACUAAGGAUCAGCUCCGCAAGGCGCAGAUCAACAACAACAACAACAGCAACAUCACGCAGCCCCUUCCGGCUGGGACGAGUAUCGUCCCCGUCAGAUGGUCCCGAGAGCCGUCGGCUGAUCGUUUCGCGGUCGCCGCGAGAAUCAAUCCCGAGCUAACGAUCGCGACGCCCGGUGCGGUGCGCGCCAAGACGGCGGACAAGGAGAAGAGGACCGCCGCGGCGGCGGCGGCGGCGCUACCGGGCGAGAAGUCCGCCUUCUCCAUUACUCCGUUCUUGAAUCGGACGACUGGUGGUCCCUCGGUGGAGGCCGGGGGCAAUAAUAAGGACAACGAUGUCAAUCCUGACAACGACAACGACGACAACAACGACACUGACCAGGACUCCUCCGCGCUGGAGGAUAGCAUGAUCCGCGAUCCGGAUCCAGAGACUGCUAAAGAGCCCCGUCAGAAGCUCCUGGGCGGCAAGUCGCGGCCGGAAAAGACCACCGGUGCCGCGACUACGAGUAUAGCAGGCAAUACAAGGAGGCCACGACAGCAGACCGCAAGGCGGUUGGAUCCUAUCGACGAUGACGACGACGACAUUUUUGGCGGUUCGAGUCUUACGACGCUGGCCAAGCCCCAGGUCAGGAAGCGGAAGCUGGGCGGCCAGCAGAAGAAGAUCAUCAUGGAUGAGGAGGAUGAUGAUAUGGACUUUGAUUUUCGCCACGCGGGGACGGCGCGCGGCCGGGGAUUCGGUGGUGUCCCCGCUUUCUCACCACUCAAGCGCGAUAGGAGGUGAAAAGCUUUAAGAAGUAAUUAAUUUUCUG